AGCGAUCCCAUCAGAAUACUUCACUCUGCAAUUUAACAGUCUUUCCGACGACGAUGAUGCUCAGAAUCCGCAGCCGUGACGGCCUCGAACGCCUCAAAAUCGACGAUCCCCACAUCACGGUGGCCCAAUUGAAGUCUUUAAUCAAGUCCCAGUUUAAAAUUCCUAUCAAUAACCAGACCCUUUCCACCGACCGAAACCUUCUCUUGGCCAAGACUCCCGCCGACCUCCUCCGCUUCACCGACAUGGCCAACCCUGCCACACCCAUCUCCGCCCUUAACCUCUCACAUGGGUCAAUCGUCUUCCUCUACUACCACGGCGAACGUACCGUCGCCGGCACCCCAACCUUCAGCCCCGCCGGCUCAUUCGGCCGCAAGAUGACAAUGGACGACCUUAUCGCCAGGCAGACCAGGAUCACCCGUCAGGAAUCCCCACACUGCGAUGCUGCUUCGUUCGACCGCCAUUCCGCCAACGCCUUUCAGAGCUACGUCAAUGACACGCUUGCAUUCUCGUCCAAACGUGGAGGCUUCCUCUACGGCAGAGUUUCUGAAGACGGCAAAGUCCAAGUGGAUUUUAUUUAUGAGCCACCACAGCAGGGUAUGGAGGAUGACUUGAUUCUUCUUAGGGAUCCCGAAGAGGAGAAGUUGGUAGAUGCCAUUGCGGCAGGGUUGGGGAUGAGCAGAGUGGGGUUUAUAUUCAGCCAAACGAUAAUGCAGGACAAAAAAGACUAUAACUUUUCCAACAAGGAGGUGAUUCAGGCGGCAGAACUGCAUGCUGAGAGCGGCCUGAAGGAGUGGGUCACGGUUGUGGUGAAGCUCAAGGUGAAUGAGGAGGAUGGGGGUGCUGAUGUGCACUUUGAGGCAUUUCAGAUGAGUGAUAUUUGUAUUAAGUUAUUUAAGGAAGGCUGGUUUGAGAGGAAGUUCGGGAAGAAUGAUGAUCCCAAGCUGUCCAAGAUGAAGAAGGACGUGGUUGUUGGUGGGAAGGAUGUGAGAGAGGUUGAUAAUGAUUUCUUCUUGGUGGUGGUUAGGAUUGUGGAUCAUGAGGGCCCUCUAUCCUCAACCUUUCCUAUUGAGAACCGAAACACCUCUGCAACAAUGAAGACGCUGAAAAGUCACCUAGACCGCUCAAGGAGUCUUCCAUUCGUGAAGCGAAUUUCUGAUUUCCAUUUGCUGCUCUUUUUGGCCAGGUUCCUUGACCUCAAUUCUGAUAUUCCUGCAUUGACAGAGUGUGUUCACAUGCAGACAGCAGUACCAGAAGGUUAUCAGCUUCUAAUCGAGUCCAUGGCCAAUACUUGAUGUUGCUUGCAUGCCUCUUCCAAGAACAUACAUACACAUGAUACAUACGUGAUGACAUCAGUUGCUUGUGAUUUCCUAAUUUGGAUGUGGAAGCGAUCUGCCAAUACCCAUUGUCAAGACACAAGAGUUGCAUUCACCAUUGCGGUUUAAAUUAUGAAAAAUAGUUGUACACAUUCACAAUCAAACAUUAUUUUUAGAUAAAACUACAAAUGAUAUGGUGAUUAGUUAGUCAGAUUUCUAUAUUUUUCAGAAACAGCAUUGUAUAUAUUUCAUAUUUGAUUGUCUUUAUAGUAUUUAACCAUGCUUCAAUAUUUCCAU